CGGUUUUACCAGUACCUGGUGGACCCUUUAGAUUCAUUAGAAGAGGACUUUAUCAUUUAGCAAAGACUCACUUGAAUUAAGCUCAACGGCUUUUGUAAAACACUUUUGACUGCAUACAUUUGUGAAUGAUUCAGUUCUGGAAGAUUUGGCGCAGAAAAUCUUGGUCGAAUAAGUUAGAAAUGGUUACUUAAGAAGUCGAUAACUCACUUCUUUGGCAUCUGAGUGCGCACGACCUGUGGCUCCAAAUCAUGACCGAGUAACUUGUGAUAAAUGUAUCCACUGACGGAUUGCUCGUCGACUGCAAAAGUCUUCAUUGCCAAUUGCAUACGAUCGAAUGAUGUACUCUUCCAGACGAAUUCAGCUUCAAAGCCAUGUGUCAUAUCAAUUGGAACACCAUCUUGCCUGCGCAAUUCAAGAGCAAUUUCGUCGGAUACGUUGUUUGGAAUCUUGACAACAUGCCCAAUACCAGACCAAUCUCUAUCUCCUCGGUAACUCAAACGAAGUUCAUCACCGACUGCUAAUUUAACUUCACCUGAUUCUAGCUUUGGCAUAGAAAACCAGGCUACACGUUUUUGAUUGAGACCAAUAUCCCAACGGACGAUAAGAUCUGGUUGACUUUGAGAUUCCUUAAGGCGCUUAUCAAAGUCAGCUUCUAUUUUAACAAGUGGACCAAAAAUAUUCUGGUAUUGAUAGGCAUCCUCGUAACGUAAGAGAAUCGGCUGUGGUUCUUCGUCGACGCCGGGUCUAUCGAGGUCUUCGAGGGUAGCGGCGCGGUCAUCCUUCCAAAGUUCCUCGAGUCUAUUGAUCUGAUUGUACGAAAUUUGUCUUGCGCGGAGUUGUUCAGUCUCUGACGGUACUUUGACCAACCAAGUGAGGAAGCUGCGAUCUUCUAUAAGGGGAGCCCAUUGUGAGGUGUCCCAAACAAUAUCACGUGUACCUGUCAUAGCUGCACAUGGCUGUCUACAUAGGAGUACGACGACGGUGUCAGAUUUGGCUGGAAUGAAACCUAACAUAAAGACAUUCUUUGAACCACAGUUGUAACACUCAGGCUGAGUUUCUCCAAGUGGAGAUUCUUGAUGUAAAAUAACCUGCUUAUGUUUACUUCUAACUAAGUGGUUGACGAUAUGUGAGCCGGAAGUCGAACCUCUAGCAUUACAGAACCACUUCUGACAUAUUUGACAUUUCACAACACAUGCUGGAUUGUGAAUACCACAAUAAUUACACGCGUGCUCAGGUAGAUCGCCCUUCAAAUCGUCUAAAACGAGAUCGUCAUCAUCUAGUGGCAAGUUCAGCCUCUUCUGUAGGCUUUCUGUAUCUUCUAGUUGUAAAUCAUUGAAGUUUAACUCAUUUUCUAAAUUAUUUGUACCAUAGCUGUAGCUGGACUGCACUUCUAAAUGAUCAAAGUCCAUAUCUUGGUGGUUUAUAAGAAACGAGCAAGUCUGCGGUUUUGUUUGGCAGGAUAAAGAAUUUGUUAACUAUGCCAAAAAAGAAUUGGUACGCAGUAAAGUAUGGUAAGCAACCCGGUAUAUACAAAUCCUGGCCAGAGUGUCAAUCACAGACUGCUGGAUUUCCUGGCGCGGUAUUUAAAGGAUUUGAAAACUACGACGAUGCUUUAAAUUUCAUAGCACGAGAUUCUACAAAGAAGAAGGCUUCAGACACGAUGAAGCGUAAAGCUGAGGAUAGACCUGAUAUUCCUACUAAGAAGGGCAAAUUGACUGAUAAUAUGUCACGCGCUGGUAUUUAUGAUGACAGUGCGGUUGUAUAUACCGACGGUGCAUGUACAGACAACGGGAAGAAGAAUCCUAAAGCUGGAUGUGGUGUAUAUUGGGGUAAGGGUAGCCCAUUAAACCUCGCUGAAAAAGUGCCGGGACCAAACCAAACGAACAAUCGCGGAGAAAUGAUGGGAUUUAUACGGGCUUUAGAAAGAUGUCCGGCUAAUAUAAAGCAUUUGAGCAUAUAUUCCGACUCGGAGUACACCAUAAACUGUCUUACCAAAUGGAGGCAGGGAUAUGAGAAACGUAACUUCAAGAGCUCGUCUAAUCCAAAUGAGCCAAUAAAGAAUAUCGAUAUGAUCAAAUACCUCUAUGCUCUGUAUGAUAAUCACACAGCGUCUAUUAAGAUACAUUGGGUCAAGGGACAUAACAAACAUCCCGACAAUGAAGCUGCUGAUGAGUUGGCUGUUGCAGGUGCUAAAUUGCCAGCAAAGUUAGAAGAGGUAGACUGGGAGUCUUUGGCGAUACUCUGCUCCUCCAGUGUAGAUGAUGUUUUGUAAGAUUAGCUUGUAUCAAUAUAUCAAUACCGUUCUUUUGUUCCUUUGAAGACGAUAUACUUGAUAAGGAAAAUAACAAGCAGUUCUACGAUAAAAUAGCUGCUGCAAACUAUUCUCAGCAUUCUAAAUACUCAUAAUUGUACAAAUGGAAACUUUUGAUUGAGUGUAUUGCCAUACAAUUUUUCUGAGGCAUGACGCACUUAUUGACUGGUAUGAAGACGGGAAAAUUCGCCUGUAACAAAUUUCCUUCCAUCAUAUUCCAAGCCAGAUAUCCUAAUCGAUCUGAGUCUAACCAGAUUUUCCAAAUUUCACCCGAAUUGUGCAUAUCAGACACGGUGAAACAAUGAUAAAAUAAAUAUCUAUAUUGUACUAUAAUAUAAUUACCGAGCAU